AUGCUACAUGGAUGGGUAGCUGAAAAAAGACAACGUGAAAAUGGAUCUGGAACAUUUGACAUGUAUUACUAUCAUAAGAGCAAAAAAUAUCAUUCUAUUGUGGAGGGAAGAAAAUAUGUGUUCAGGGGUUUAUCCAAGCUUGAAGUUGAUGAAGAAACCACAGAAGUAAAAGAGGUUGGGGCUAUUAAAAAGCAUUCCAUGAAAAGAAAAGAUGAACAUUCUAUCUUGAAAAGGAAGUCUGCAAUAAAGAAAAAGAAAAGCAACAACCAUGGCAAGAGGGAGGUCAAAAUGUUUCUUGGUAAAGCAACGAAUGACCUUAUCAAUAGGGAUGUCAAACACAAAAACAAUGUAAGUUAA